UGUAAUCAACACAGCACAGCUGAUUAUGCGGACUGAAGUUAUAAAGGGAAUUACCACAUAUGGGAGAACGAUACUGUGUCAAAUCUCGAGUGUCGGAGAAACACCGCGUGGUUUUGUUCAUGCAAAGAUGGCGGGCUUGAUUCAUCAGUUGGGAAACAGCUCUCAGCAGGCCACUGUUCCUCCGCAGUCAGCGGCAGAAAGGGCUACUCGAUCUGUAUUUGUUGGAAAUAUUCCAUAUGAGGCCACAGAGGAACAAUUGAAGGAAAUCUUCACCCAGGCUGGGCCAGUUGUGAGCUUCAGACUAGUGUAUGAUAGGGAAACGGGCAAGCCUAAAGGUUAUGGCUUCUGUGAGUAUCAGGACAUCGAGACGGCCCAGAGUGCUAUGCGUAAUCUCAACAACUAUGACUUUAAUGGUCGCCCUCUCCGGGUGGGCGUGGCUGCAGGAGAACAGAACAAGGAAGACAUGAAGGCCAUGCAGCAAGCUUCGGGAGGACCUCCGGUAGAGAAUCCAUAUGGAGAGGAAGUAGAACCAGAGAAAGCCCCAGAAGCCAUCUCCAAAGCUGUGGCUAGUUUACCUCCAGAGCAGAUGUUUGAGUUAAUGAAACAGAUGAAGCUCUGCAUCCAGAACAAUCCAAAUGAAGCACGUAACAUGCUGCUACAAAACCCACAGCUGGCUUAUGCUUUGCUCCAGGCUCAAAUUGUCAUGAAAAUUGUGGAUCCACAGGUUGCUAUGGCUAUGUUACAUAGAGACAGAAGUCAGAUUCCUCCUCUGCUGCCCCCUGGUGGACAAGGGGAUCAACCCAUGCAGGUUGGAGGCCCCCAAGGAGGCCCCCAAGGACCCCCUCAAGGACCCUCAGGAUCUGGUCCUAGAGGUCCACAAAUGUCAGUUCCAAUGCCAGGUCAGCCACAGAUGGUCCCCCAGAUGCAACAAAUGAUGCAAGGUGGACCCCAAAUAAUGGCAGGUGGACCCCAGAUGAUGCAAGGUGGACCCAGUAUGCAAGGGGGACAACCCCAGAUGAUUCCUGGACAGCCACAAAUAAUUCAAGGGGGUCAACCGCAAGUCAUUCAAGGGGGACAACCUCAGAUGAUGCCAGGUGGUCCCCCCAUGCAGGGGAAUAUGGGAAUUAGGAACAUGAUGGGAGAUAGGCAGGAACCGCCAAUGGGAGGCCCAGGAAGACCUAUGGGUCCAGGUGAUAUGGGCCCCCGCGACAUGGGACCAAGGGACAUGGGUCCCCGAGAUAUGGGACCAAGGGGUCAGUUCCAGGAGCCUAUGAGGGGUCCUCGUCCAGAAGUGAGGGACCCCCGCACUGUGAUGGGAGAGUCCCGGAACAUGGCCCCACGCGUCAGCCAACAAGGGGCAGGAUUACGAUUACCGACUGGCAUGUCACAAAUCCCAACCUCAGUUCCAUCGGGAACUUCAAUAUCUACUCAAGACCAAGAAAAGGCUGCAUUGAUUAUGCAGGUGUUACAGCUGACAGACCAGCAGAUAGCUAUGUUACCUCCAGAACAGAGACAGAGCAUCCUGAUCCUCAAAGACCAGAUAGCCAAGAGCCAACCAUAA